AUCCAAAUGUUUAGCCGGUUGUUCCCAAAGAGAGCGUCCUCUAGGAGGGGUGUGUGUCUAUAAGUAAAUAUAUGACGUGUUUUCGUUCAUUAGCUUUUACUGAACACACUGCAAAACCCUAAGAGACAUUAUAUAUUUAUUCAAGGCACUUACUGCUAUUUUCUACUCCUACUCCACUACAUUUACUAAACAGCUGUCAAGUAAAGUAGGCUAACUAUAGUUAUCAAUUCAAUCAAUAUAAUGUAUUAAAUAUUAUCCAGUGUAUUAAACUAACUCAACCAGCAUCAACAUGUACAUGCUUAGUGAAUACAUUUUCAUUAACCAUAUUUUAAUAGUUAUUAUAUAAUAUGUAGUUUAAUGUGAGACGACACGGAAGUGACGUCAGAUUCUGCAGCACAUAAACAUACCACCAACCUCACGCGCCCGCCAUCUUCUAGCUAAUAAGCGGACAUUGUGUUGAACCUCAAGUGCGGGUUUAUUUUCUACCAAAAAAAACAUACUUUGUUGCGUUUGCUAUACUGAACAAUGAGUGACAUUGAGGAGGGGCACUAUAAAGGACGGGUAAUUGAUCGUGAAGGAUUUGAAGAGUUUUAUCCAAGAAUGAUGAAGAAAAUGUUCAAGAUAAAAGAAGGCUAAUGAGAACAUGUACAGAGCAGAACAUAGAAGUGGAAAGGGAGGAAAAUGUGACGGAAGAAUGGUGUCAGAUAGAAGCGCUUGCAGUAUAAUGGCUAAAAUGAAAACUGGUUUCAGUUUUGGGUGAAGAGAAGGAAAAACAGACCUGGAAUCAGAAAAUGAGAAAACUGAAAAAAGAAGAACGAAGAAGGAUAGAAAUCCUGAGAAAAGGGAGUAGCGUGUAAAGAAUCUGGAAGAAUGAAUGUGUCCGGGUCGCGCUCCCCGUCUAAAUCGGAUCGGGGGAGUCCAGCUCGGGUGAAGUCGGAGAGCAGGUCCGGCUCCCCGAGCCCAGCCCGGGUCGCCAAGCGCUCCGCGUCCAGAUCCCGCUCGCAUUCAAGAUCCGGGUCUCGUUCCAGGCGGCCGUCAAACCGCCGCUAUAGCCGCUCGCGCUCUCGGUCCUAUUCCCAGCGGAGGAAGUCCCGCUCGCGCUCCUACAGCCCCGAGUACCGCCGCAAGAAGAGCCAGAGCGCUGGCAGCAGGAGCCAUGACUUCACAAAAGAACCAAGCAAUCAUGGCGGCGGAGAUCCUGAUGUGAGGGCGAACCCUGACCCCAGCAUGUGUUUGGGGGUGUUUGGCCUGAGCCUGUACACCACAGAGCGGGACCUGAGGGAGGUGUUCUCUCGCUAUGGUCCUCUGGCCGGGGUCAAUGUGGUGUAUGACCAGCGCACCGGUCGCUCCCGCGGCUUUGCGUUUGUUUACUUCGAGAGAAUUGAUGAUUCCAAAGAGGCAAUGGAGCGAGCCAAUGGCAUGGAGCUGGACGGGAGGCGCAUCAGAGUGGAUUAUUCCAUUACUAAACGCGCUCACACCCCCACACCAGGAAUCUACAUGGGCCGACCAACUCACAAUGGCAGUGGUGGUGGCAGUGGUGGUGGUGGUGGUGGCGGCGGCGGCGGUGGUGGUGGCGGCGGCGGCGGUGGAGGUGGCGGUGGAAGCAGCAGCCGGAGGGGGAGAGACUCUCAUUAUGACCGUGGCUACGAGCGCUACGACAGAUAUGACGAGUAUGACUACAGGUACAGCCGCAGGCGCUCACCAUCACCGUACUACAGUCGCUACAGGUCUCGCUCACGGUCUCGCUCCUACAGCCCACGUACGUAUUAA